CAAUCGAUCAAUUGAUCUAUCUUCCAUCUAUCUAUCUAUCUACCUAUCUUCCCCUUUCUUUUUGAUGUUUCGUGAGCCAAAAACUAUUGUACUAUGUAAUAUGCAGUAUUUGAAGCACUACAGGCCAUUCCGAGAUAUUCCAAUCUUUGAGCGCUUUCCGGUUCUCAUCUGUGUCACAGUCAUUUGGAUAUAUUCUCUUAUUCUCACAGCAGGUGGUGCGUACAACAAUAGACCCAUCAAAACUCAAGAUAGUUGCCGCACUGACAGAGCAAACCUCAUAUCAUCUGCUCCUUGGUUCAAGUUUCCAUAUCCUUUGCAGUGGGGGGCACCAACAUUUGAUGCUGGUCAUGCUGUUGCAAUGAUGGCUGCUGUUUUAGUGUCACUCACAGAGUCAACUGGUGCAUACAUGGCUGCCUCACGCCUAGCUAUUGCCACUCCUCCUCCCGCUUAUGUUUUGAGCCGAGGCAUUGGCUGGCAGGGAAUAGGUGUACUGCUGGAUGGUUUAUUCGGAACAGGGACAGGCUCUACUGUUUCUGUGGAGAACGUGGGGCUUCUUGGGCUAACACGAGUUGGCAGUCGCCGAGUCGUUCAGAUAUCUGCUGGAUUCAUGAUAUUUUUUUCCACCUUAGGAAAAUUUGGAGCUGUCUUUGCGUCAAUUCCAUUCCCCAUUUUUGCUGCUCUAUAUUGUGUACUUUUUGGCCUUGUUGCAUCUGUUGGGAUAUCGUUUCUUCAGUUCACCAAUAUGAACUCUAUGAGAAAUCUCAUCAUCACAGGGCUUUCGCUUUUCCUUGGGAUUUCUGUUCCCCAGUAUUUCAGUGAAACUCUGUCUUCUUCCGGUCAUGGCCCAGUAUAUACACGUGCAGGAUGGUUUAAUGGGUUCUUAAAUACCAUAUUUUUCUCACCUCCGACUGUGGGGUUGAUCGUUAGUGUAUUUUUGGACAACACAUUGGAAGUUGAGAAGUCCAAGAAGGAUAGAGGCAUGCCAUGGUGGGUAAAAUUCAGAACAUUCAGAGGGGACAACCGGAAUGAGGAGUUCUACACACUUCCAUUCAAUCUCAACAAGUUCUUUCCACCCACCUAGCAAGGGUGCAGCACUGUUGGAGUCUCCAAUUCGCCUCAUUUUGGUGUUGUAAAGAUGAGCACCGGUAUAAUCCUCGUCAACCAAGGCAGUUCAUGAUCCUGGGUUUUCCGAAAGUCCCAAGGGUGCAAAUGUAUGUUUUGGAUCUGAUCUUGAUCGGUUGGCAUUUGCUGCCCUCUUCGUCUUGCUUAUGCUUCCAGCAUCUCCUGUACUUCUGGUACAUCUAUGUAUCGUCAAAAGGAUGAGCAAUUAAUCUAUGUGCUUUGUAGGAUUUUGAUGUAAUAAGAUAGGAUGAUAACAUGGUUUCAUAUUUAAAGUUCUUUCUUGUCACCUGUUUUUAUUUGGUGAUGUG